AUGGAGUGCAAUAGAGAUGAAGCGAUCAGAUCAAAAGAGAUGGCUGAAAGGAAGUACAAGGUGAACGAUUUUGCGGGCGCAAGGAAGCUUGCCUUGAAAGCAAAGGCUCUUUUCGAUCUUGAGGGCAUCGAUCAGAUGAUUGUUGCCUUGGAUGUCCACCUAAGGUCGCUGACAAAGUUUGAAGGGGAGAAUGACUGGUAUGGCAUUCUUGAAGUAUCAACGUGGGCGGACGAGGAGACUAUCAGGAAGCAGUACAAGAAGCUGGCCUUACAAACUCAUCCAGACAAGAACAGCUUCGUUGGUGCUGAUAGUGCUUUCAAUCUCAUCUCAGAUGCUUGGAAUGUAUUGUCUGACAAAAACAAGAGAAUACUUCAUGAUCAGAGGAGGCAUAUGAGCUCUUUACGAGUCCUUCAGAACAACUCCCAAGUAAGUGUUGAUAACACUUCCAGUUCAUCCAUGCCAAGUAUGAAUGGCUUCUGCAGGCAAAAUACUGGUCCAGCCUCACCUCCCAAUGUGCCGCCCCAUAAUAUGCCAAAGCUAAGCACAUUUUGGACAGUCUGCAUUUCUUGCCGCAUAAACUUUGAGUACCCAAGGCAAUACGUGAACCAAUAUAUGAUAUGUGCAGAGUGCCAUAAACCUUUUAUGGCUGAAGAAGUUCCUCCUCCGCCUACUUCAAGUCACACCUACCAACCAAAGUCAAUGGAUACGAAGACUAGUAGGGUUCGCAGAGCAGGUCCUGGUGAGGGAAUGGCAGGAACAGGAGUGGCUAGUGGCAGCCGGAAUCAUCAUAAUCCUAUGCAGCAGCACUGCUCUUUUCAGGGAUCUGCAGUCGGGGCACACACUUCUGCACAUCCAGUGCAAAAGACACAUGGUACUGUUUCAGGCUCUUCCGGAUCGUCAAUCCCUAGAAAAGCUGCAGCAACAAAGGAAAAGGAAGCCGCAAAGAAGCGAUACAAGAAAGUAGCGCCGCAGUCAACAAGCUCUGGCCUUGGUGGUGACUCAAGUUCACAGAACAAGGCCAAAAGGAAGGCUCGUUCCACUGAUCAGGCACCGGGAGCAAAGAGGCGCAAGGAGACUUCUAAUUGUCAUGUAUCUGCUGGGAGCACCUUCAUUAAGGAGAUGGAGAAGUUGGACAUGCGAAGCUUACUAAUUAACAAGAUGAAACUCCAACUUGGAGACAAAUUAGAGGAGUUCAACAGGAAGAAGGCUGAUAUGGAGAAUAGACAAAAGAUGCAAGCCAGUCAGAGAACAAACAAAGCGGCCACAUGCAGCACAUCAGUUGAUGCCAAGAAAAUGAAAAGGACACAAGGCAGUAGUUCAGUUCGUCCAGAAGGAGAUAAUGGGAAGGAACUGACCAGUGAAAGAAAGAGGGCAGAGAAGAGGAAGCAUGCCGAUUCAGAAGAAAUGGGGUCAUGGAAAUGGAAGAAACCCGAAAUACGUUUGUAUUACACCAGGAGAAGCCGCAGGGAACAAGAGCCAUCUCCCGAUGAAAUGCUUGUCCCUGAUGCAGAUUUCUGCACCUUUGGUGAUCAUUCUGGGAGCUCUUUCCAGGAGGAUCAAGUGUGGGCUACAUAUGAUGAAGAAGAUGGCAUGCCUCGCUACUAUGCUUUGAUCCAGACAGUGCUCUCCAGACGCCCUUUCAAGGUUACAUUUGCAUUCCUCAAGGCGGAUAAUCCCGACGAGUUUGGGGCUUCAGGAUGGCUCUCAUGUGGAUUCUCCAAGACCUGUGGCGAUUUCAAGCCUGGUGCAUCCGAAGAUGCUGAUGAGCUGAAUAAAUUCUCUCAUGUUGUCGCAUGUCAGAAAGGUCCAGGUAGAAGAAUCAUCAGAAUUCUUCCACGGAAAGGUGAUAUCUGGGCCCUGUACCAGAACUGGUCUGCUGACUGGGAUCAACAUGUACCUGAUGAGACGAUGUACAAGUAUGACCUGAUGCAGGUUCUUGACAGUUAUAGCCCAAGGGAAGGCAUUUCUGUCAUGCCCAUUGAGAAAGUUCCUGGCUUUGUGUCUGUGUUCAGGCCACUUUCUGACCCAGCAACGAGCAGGAGGAUUCCAGAGGAGGAAAUGACGCGGUUUUCGCACCAGGUGCCGUUUCAUAUCCUUACUGGUGAAGAAGCCCAGAAUUCCCCCAAGGGAUGCUAUGAAUUGGAUCCAGGCUCAACUCCAAAGGAACUUCUCCAAGUAGUCCGAUGAUGCCACAUGCGCUUGCUCUGUGCUUCCGCUUCACUGUUGAGUUUUUUUGUUCUUUCACUUGUUUCAACCUGGAGUUAGUUGGGUGGUAUGGUUUGUCUAGUGCUGUACCAUAUGUACCCAGGUUGUGCUUGUGACCUGUAGUAUACUCCCCAUGUAUACCCCCAUGUUGUGUCAUGUAGCAGCAUCCUUGUUUAAGGGUAAACAUAGCUGGGUUUUUGAACAACGAAAUAUACCUGGUUUAAGUGUUC